AUGUGUCAUUUACCUGUGGCUAUUGAGCAUCGUGCAUUCUGGGCAGUCAAGCAAUGCAAUUUGCAUGCGGAUAGAGAUGGCAAAGAGAGAAAGCUCCAACUCCAGGAGUUGGAGGAAAUUCGUCUUGAAGCAUAUGACAAUGCACGUUUGUACAAAGAGCGUACCAAGCAGUUUCAUGACCGCCUAUUGCGUGCGAAACACUUUUCUCCAGGACAAAAGGUACUCUUGUUCAAUUCACGGUUGAAAUUCAUGCCAGGUAAGUUAAAAUCUCGUUGGAUUGGACCAUAUGUGGUAGCCAAUGUUUUUCCCAAUGGUGUGGUUGAAAUCCAGAGUUUAGAGACUAAUAAGAGUUUUACAGUUAAUGGUCAUCGUUUAAAACCGUUUGUUCAUGUUUCAGACAUUGGUACUGUGGAAGAGGAGACUUGGAUUUACAAGGCAUGCCCACGCCCUAUAAGUGAUGCUGUUGAACAUCGUAGAAAUGCUUGGGCAGAAGACUCUGCCUUAUAA